AUGAAAGUGAUUGAAAAGAAGGAGCAAGCUCAGCUGGAGGAUGUCGUCGCAAUAGAGUUGAAUGCCCGAGUUGACCCAGCUGAAUUUCAUGUAGAAUCGGGCGAAACAAGAUUGAUUGCUCUCUCUCAAAAAGUUCAAUUUCUCCGGUAUCCAAGGAUAGUUUGUUUCAACCUUGGCAUCUAUGACAGGUCCUUGAUCGAAUUAGCAUCUAGCUGGACUGUCGUUUUGCAAUUGAAGGAAUACUUUUCUUUGUCUCAAAUCUUGGAAGCCCUCUGGAUGCCAGCUGAGAAGUUGUUUCCAUGGGGUCCAUUUGCUUGGAAGAGUUAA